UACGGUGAGUGGGCUGGCAUGGUGAUUUAGGAUGUGAGUCUCGUAAAUUAAUAGUUUUGUGAGGUGAGAGUUGGCUGGGAGUAAUAAUGGCAUAAUUGUAUUUUGAGGGAGGUUACUAUUUCCUAAACGGCCAUUGGCUCUGAUUAAAUUAUUUUCGUCGUUAAAGAGGCCUAAUAAAUUCUUUUCAUGGUCGGAUGGGGGGUUAUACAUCUGUUCUUGUUUAAUAAGGAAUUUUAGAGCCGAGCGAAGCUCUCGGACAUGUACAUUUAAUGUUGUAAGUCUGGGGUGUUUUUUCAAAUAAGAGGAAAUCGAUGGAUGGGGAUUAUAAGCAAUAAAUCUUAAAAUAUACGCCGUGACACGGAGAAGUUUUGGCAAUCGGGAAAAUUUGUUGAUUUCCAUUAUACUGGUCAAUGUUUGCGUGGUAUUGAAUGUCAUUAUCGGUUGUGUUUCUGUCGUUUCUACAUUUGGUUUGUAGUCAUUUGACGAGAAAGAUGGAAUUUCGGCAUUUUCUUUUGGCCAGGAAUUUGUUGCACACGACAACCAAGAUGGUCCAUAAAGCCACACAUCAUUUUCAAAUAAAUCACUUGGUUUUGUAACUCCGCGUGUGCCCAGGUCCGAGGGGUUUUGACUUCCCGCUAUGUGCCGGACUUUUAAAUUUGGGGUGACUCGUAUUGGUUUAAUUCUAUUAUAAAUAAAUAUAUCUUUAAUGGGCAAUCGGGAAUUUAGC